AUGGAAUUGGAUAGGUGUCUUGAAUUGCUAUAUAGAGGUCGGUUAUUGCCAGAGGUGACUAUUGAGGCAUUGUGCUUCAAAUUGAAGGAAAUGUUAAUCAAGGAAUCUAAUGUGAUUCAUAUAAGUACUCCAGUGACUGUCGUUGGUGAUAUGCAUGGGCAAUUUCACGAUAUGUUAGAGAUGUUCAGAAUAGGGGGUAAAAUACCUGAUACAAAUUAUCUUUUUCUAGGUGAUUAUGUAGAUAGAGGCCUUUACAGUGUAGAGACAAUAAUGUUAUUGAUUACACUCAAAUUGAGAUAUCCAAAUAGAAUACAUCUAUUGAGGGGUAAUCAUGAGUCCAGACAAAUCACACAGAGUUAUGGAUUUUACACAGAAUGUUUAAAUAAGUACGGUGGUAGUUCAAGAGUUUGGAAUCUGAUAACAGAUCUUUUUGAUUAUUUGGUUUUGGCUUGCAUUAUUGAUGAUGAAUUGUUUUGUGUUCACGGCGGUUUAUCACCUAAUGUACAAACCAUUGAUCAGAUAAGAAUAAUUGAUAGGUUUAGAGAGAUCCCCCAUGAUGGGGCUAUGGCUGACUUAGUAUGGUCAGAUCCAGAAGAAAAUGGCAUGAACACAAGAGAUUCAAGUUUUGACAACAGUAAUAGUGGUAAUAGCAAUAGUAACAGAAAUAGAAAUAAUAUGAACGGUAACAGUGAUAUUGCUGAAGAUUUUUUAAUUGAAACAUCAGAGCACUUUCAAGUAUCACCAAGAGGUGCAGGCUACACAUUUGGACGAAGUGUAGUAGAGAAAUUUUUACAAUUAAAUGGGAUGGAUAGAAUUUACAGGGCUCACCAAUUAUGUAGUGAAGGGUACCAAGUAUAUUUCGGCGGGUUAGUAACCACUGUAUGGUCUGCACCGAAUUAUUGUUAUAGAUGUGGUAAUAAGGCUUCAAUCCUGGAAUUGUAUAGUAGAGACAGUUUUUAUUUUAAUGUAUUUGAAGAAGCACCAGAGAUUAGAAGAAAUACUUUUCAUAAUGAUAGCAGUAAUAACAUUUCUGAUUGGAAUCCAUUGUCAGACACAGAAUAUUAUAAUGAAGAAAUGUUAACACCUCAGUCAAGCUCAAUAACUACCCGCAAAAUUAUAUCUGAUUAUUUUGAAGAAGAUACACUGAGCCAUAUUAGCAGAAGAAAUAAUGGUUUCAGUUUACUGCAAGGAUUCUCAGAGACAAACGAAUUAAAUGAGACAAAUAUGGGUGUUGAUGUGUUUUCAGAUUCCUAUCAAUCAAAGUCUGCAUCGAAUAGAAGAGUAGAAUAUUUUUUGUAA